CGUCCGCCGCAUUCGACGGCGGUCAGUCGGAGCGCGAGCAUCGCGAGAGCACGGUUCCGUUAUAGGAUAUCGAGAAAGGAGAGAAGGGCAGAUUACGUAGUAGAGAAAGAAAGAGAGAGGCAGCGUCCCGCUUCCGCGUAAUACUCGGUAAUAAAAAAAGCGUAAUACUCGCAGACGUAUUUAGUGUUUUUCUCGGAACAAGUUCGCAUACAGUGAGAAGUUACGAAAAUGGUGUCCGGCGGUAUGACUUGUGUGAAAUACCUGCUGUUUCUCUUCAACCUGAUAUUCGCGAUCACCGGUAUCGUAUUUAUUUCGGUGGGUGGAGUGAUUCUGGUUGUUUACAAUGGGUACAGCAACUUUGUGGAUAGUUGGUUCUUUGCAGCACCAGUCUUAAUGAUAAUAGUCGGUGUCAUAGUCUUCCUUGUAUCAUUCUUUGGAUGCUGCGGCGCCGUGAAGGAAAAUCAUUGCAUGAUAAUUACGUUCUCAGUUUUGCUGCUGCUGAUAUUCGCUCUGGAAUUGGGAGCUGGAAUCACAGGUUACAUGAUGAGAGGAGAAGUUGCUAACAUGUUAGAAAACCGUCUGAAUGGCACUAUGCGACAGUACAAUAUUAAUGACGAUAUUCGUCGUUCAUGGGACAUCAUGCAACACGAUUUACAAUGCUGCGGCAUGAAUGGUCCUGCAGAUUGGCCCAAAAUUAAUUACGUAGACCAUGCCAUCGUUCCCGACUCCUGCUGCAAGGAAGUUCCUACUCAGAGCAAAUGCGAUAUAAAUUCGAUUUCCAUUCAAGGUGACGGCUGCAUGAUGAAAUUGCAAUCUGCUAUAGAAAAUAACGCUAUGAUCCUAGGAGGAGUGGGCAUAGGGGUAGCCCUUAUACAAUUGAUUGGAGUAAUCUUUGCGUGCUGUCUGGCUCGCUCAAUUCGUCGCGAGUAUGAGACUGUCGAAACCACAGCACACUGAUCUGCCAUCAAUUAGGAGGCAUUUUUCAUAAUAUUGUUCAUCAUACAUUGGUUGAAAAAUACUUGUAGAUUCAUUACAACCGUAAUCAUUCUUAUUGUGCUUACAAAUAAAUAUAUAUAUAUCCAAA